CGUUAGCUAAAGUUAGCUAAACAUUAGCUAAAGGUCAGCUAAAGUUAGCUGGUGCCACUGCUGCGUCUAAAUCAGUUUUAUGCAACUUUUGUUUAAAGCUAAUUUUAACCAUCGCAGAGCUGCCAACUUUUAAAUUAUCCUUGGAGAGAGAUUUGGUGGAACCAACCAAAACUUUGCCACAUACAUGGCAGGAAGACAAGACUCAUUUUCACUAAUUUUGUGCAGGUUUAAUAAUAAAAUACAACACUCAGGAGAAACAAAAUGUAAAAAAAAGGUUUACUGAUUGGUCUUCAAAGUACCAACAGAAACUUUAGAAUAAAACAGGAACCAACUCAACUACACAACGGAAGGGACACUGAGACAAGACACAGAUGCAGCAUGGAGAAAGUCAGGAGGAUCCUGGUUUAUGUUUGCAAAGAGCGAGCAGCUCCACAGCGGGCCCAGUUUGUCCAGAGUGUAACCGGCCUUUUCACCGACAGCGAUGAGGAUGAGGUGGAGGUGAGCUGCUGGCUGGGAAAGAACCAGUUCAUCCUCUCCGGAGGAAACGAAGGGAAGCGGGUUCCUCUGAAGAGACCGUCCUUCUGUCCCAUCAAACACCUGUCAGCCUCGGAGGCGGCUGCCAUCCCAUUGGACGUUCAGCAGCGUGGCGUGGAUGUGGGCGUGUCCAUCCUCCUGCAGACGGCCAAUCGGAGGCUGCUGCUGACGCGACGAGCGCAGCAGCUCCGGAUAUUCCCCAACGUCUGGGUUCCUCCAGGUGGUCACGUGGAGCCCGAUGAAACCCUGCUGGAAGCGGGGCUGCGGGAGUUAGAAGAGGAAACUGGACUCAAACUGCAGCCAGAGGAAGUUUCUCCAGGAAUUCUGGGACUGUGGGAGUCUGUGUUUCCUCCCAUGCUGUCCCGAGGACUUCCUCAGAGACAUCACGUCGUGGUCUACAUGCUGCUGCACUCCCCCCUCACACACCUGCAGCUGCAGCCGUCUCUGAGUCCUUCGCCUGCUGAGGUCAGCGCCUGUGUGUGGGUGGACAGCCGGCUGGCCCGAGCCGUGGUGUCCGCCAUGGACGGCGAGGACGGAGAAGCUCACCUGGACGCCGAGCUGCCGAGCAGCUUCAGUGUGUCUCAGGUGUCUGCAGACGGAUCUCUGACUGAGUCUUCGCUGCCGCAGGCGGUCUUCAUCACCCGGGCGCCCAGCAGCGGCCCGGACGUGGAGCGGGUCAGUACUGGAACCAAGUACGCCCUGAAGCUGUGGCUGAGGAGUCUGGAUACCCCAGAAACCUGAACCCAUCCCUCCCUGCAGGCAUGGGGGGGGAGAAAUGAUGCGGCUGUAACUUUACCUGCUGCCCAUCCUGACGUGGAUUCACCAGUAAACACUAGAAAUGAGAUUAUCCUCCUCCAUCCACCAGGUGGCAGCGCAGGGAAAACUGUUUCUGUAUCAGCCUGACUAAUCAGUUUUACAUCAUCCAUCCUCUCUGGACUCAGCUGAGUCUAAAUCUUCAAAAUUAUUCAAAUAAAAUCUUUCAUGUUUUCUUUUUCUGUCAUUUUCAGUAUAUUUUAUUUAUUUAGCCCCACAACUCUAAUAAUCUAUAAUUCCACCACAACUC